ACUCAGCAUGGAGCCGAACAACUCCACUGUGAUCACCUACAACUUGUCAUCUUCAGGACUUCCGCCUUAUCCCUCCUGGCUGACCAAAGGUGUUGUCCCUGUGGUGGUGAUGUCCUUCUGCUGCAUUGUGGGAGUUUCAGGAAACAUCGCAGUGAUUCUUCUCAGGCCGAAUUGGCACCAUCUUUCCAGUCUGAGCCAGAGUCUAAUGCUGAAUCUGGCCAUUUCUGACCUGAUGUGCCUGCUGACCCUUUCGCUAUGGAUUUACCCGCUGCUGUAUGGCUGGAGCUUUGGCCUGGUGGCCUGUAAGAUCCUAUCCUACCUUGUGUACUGCAACAUUUAUGGCAGCAAACUCACUGUGAUUGUGUUAAGCGUCCAGCGCUACCUAACAGUGGUGCAUCAGAGAAGAUUUCCACAGGUGAAGAAGAGAGCAAUGCUGUCUCUACUCUGGAUGGCCGCGGUCAUCCUGUCCAUCCCUGCUCUGGUGGUUCGACAGCUGUCAACACAUCAGCAGCGGAUAGUUUGUGAACCUCGGUAUUCUUCAACUACUCAGGGUGUGGUUGUACAGUUGGCAGAGACUUUGUUUGAUUUUUGCUCUUUUGCUCUCGUCGUUUUUUCAUACGUUCGACUUCACAGGACGUUGAACCAGGCAGCCUUUUUCAACAAUCCACAGACGACUCGGCUGAUAACAAGUAUCAUUGUGAGCUUUUUUGUUCUCUGGACUCCAUUUCAUAUCAUAAAUCUCCUGGAUGUGGCUGCUAUGUGUUUAAAGAAUGAAAGACUUUUGAAAUUUUGCAAGGACAUCUGGUUCGUUGUUAAGACACUUACUUUUGUAAACUGCUGCCUGAAUCCUCUUCUGUAUGUCUUCACAUCUAAAAAAAUGUGUGUAGUUUUCCAAAAACGGGAAGAGGUGCAAAGCUAG